CGGCUGAGGCAGUGUGUUAUCUCGGGUUUCUAAACAUCGUAUAGUUCGGCGUCAACCGUAGUACCUAGCCAAGGGGUCGGGCCGUCAAUGACAAAUUCCAUGGUCUUACAUCUUAUCAGUCUUGGAUAUUUCCCCGAAGAGGACACUUGCAAUCGCCACGCAUUCAUGACCCAGUCGUUAGAAGCCCAACUUGGAGAAACGGGUCCCAGCACUUAUACAUCCUUGUCAUCAGGCUUUCUCGAGCCCUUAUAAAAGAUGCUGUAUCAACACCCGUCCUCUUGUUACACUGACUACCUCGCUGCAACUAACAGAAAAUCAUCUUAACUCCUUGUAGCUGAAGCGCCAAGAUGAAGUGGCUCUCUCUUACCACGCUGGCGCUCUUCGCGCCCAGCCAUGCUCUCAUCCGUUUCCCUUGCGCCCAGUUGGUUGUUGACCGUCUUGAUCCAUUAGUUAAUCCCGGGUUGAUUCCUUCGCCGCAUCUUCACCAGAUUGUAGGAGGCAAUUCCUUCAACGCAAGCAUGGACCCGGCUAAGGAUAUGCCUGGCGAGUCUACCUGCACUACAUGCCAGUUCAGCGAAGAUUUUUCAAACUACUGGACGGCAGUGUUGUAUUUCAAGGCUCGAAAUGGAACUUACAAGCGAGUUCCUCAGAUGGCUAACUCUGGGUUUGACGGUGUCAAUGCCGGCAUGACUGUUUACUACAUGCAAGAUGGCCUUUACAACUUCCAACAGACCUCUAAAGUUACAGCUUUCCAGCCUGGUUUCCGUAUGUACAUCGGCAACGUCAACGCUCGUUCCCGCGAAGAGAUGGAGCGUUUCCGUCAGCUUACCUACACUUGUCUGCAGGACAUUAACACUCGCGACCCCCAGAUCCUUGACUUCCCUAACGAGCCUUGCCCGUACGGAAUAAUGACGGCGCUAAGGUUCCCCACGUGUUGGGAUGGAAAGAAUCUUGACUCUGCCGAUCACAUGGCGCAUAUGGCCUAUCCCGAGAGCGGUACCUUCGAGACAGGCGGACCUUGCCCGGCAUCGCACCCCGUUCGCAUGAGCCAGCUCUUUUACGAGGUCAACUGGGACACUCGACAGUUCAACAACAAGGAAGACUGGCCUGAGGAUGGAUCUCAGCCUUUUGUCUGGUCCUUUGGUGAUGUGACCGGUUAUGGCAACCACGGUGACUAUGUCUUCGGAUGGCAGGGUGAUGCGCUCCAGCGUGCUCUAGACCAGCCUUGUUACAUCAACUGCUCUACGCUCAAGACCCAAAAUACUCAGGCGAUGAACGCAUGCAGCAAGGAAAGAGUUGUUACCGAUGACAACAUCGACGAUUGGGUUGAGACUCUACCUGGUGGGAUGGUUGCGGGCAUGUAACUGGAUUAACCCUGUCUGUUCCCGGAUGCUUCUUCUAAGGGGGGAAACUAGCAUUUCAACAGGAGGUUAUGUCGUUAAUUACGAUGAUGAAUUGGCCUGGUACUCGUGUCAUAUGAGUCUAUGUUUUUGCAUUUCCCUCAAUACUCCCCCAAUGACCAGAUCAUUAGAUUUGCA